AUGUCGACCGAGGACAUGGAAAUCAGCAUGGAUUUCGGCCAUCAAGUCUCCGCCGAGGACAUUGAUAUCGAUAUCGAAUUCGCCGCUGGACAAAAUGACCAAGAUCUCGAGUUGGGCGAUUAUAACCAAGCCGACGAGUUCCAGCAUUUCAACUCAGAUAAUAGAGACGAGCUCAUGGCAGAGGACGACGACGCCUCGUAUGCCAUGGCUGACGCCGAUGAAAUUAGCUACAACGAGACUGCCACUGCCGCCAGUGACUAUGAUAUUGCCAUUGGUGAUACCGAUGUAUUUUCCUGGCAAGAGCAUCAUGGCACCGAUAACCUUGAACAAGUCUCAGCUGUGGUUCAAACCCAGCAGCUCAAUGGCACCCAAGUCAAAGGUGACGAUUUGAUCUCAGCUGUCAUCGAGGAUUCCGGUGCACAGCUGCAGGAUCAACCGACGCGCCCGGAGACGGUGUUUGAAGACUCCCUGGAGGCUGUAGAGUCGGUUCAGAUCUUUGAGAGCGCCAGCACAAAGACUCCGAAUCCGGAAGAGCUUGCAAACCCCAAUGACAUUGUAACUCAAGAUUCCGAGGUUGGCUCAACCGCCGUAGAUGAGGGCCAUGCCGCUUUGGCAGACAAUGUGGAGACUGAAGCAGACCAGCAGCAACAGAAUCUUCAAAGCUCCGUGACCCUAGAUGCCAGGAGUAUUGAAGAUAUCCAUGAUGCUGCCGGCUUCGAAAGCACGCAUGACACUGAAAGCCCUGAAAACGCGCAUGAUGGUAUCGUGGACCGCCUUGAUAAUAAGCCAGACGCUGAACAAGUGGGUGCAGACCAUGUAGAGCCCGCUUUGAUAGAGGAACAUGAUGAAAAUGGCAAUGACCUAGAGGCUCAAGAGGAUGAGAUUGGCUAUGAUCAACUUGAAGAUGAAGACGAUCCCAGCCAUGGGAGCCUGGCUUCUUCCUCUGCCGCCGAUGAACAUUCGAAAGAACAAGGGCCCGCCGAGCAGUACACCGCCGAAGGCGAUGGCAAUGGUGAGGACAAUGACUUCACUGCUGGUAACUACCAGUUGGACGACGAGUCAUUCGAGCACAUCGAGAACCAGAACACCCAGGAAACUGAAGAGUCCGAGCAGCGCCAAGACGCCUCGCCAGAACCUAGCGAGCAAGCCGAGUCUGUUGAAUUCGCUGGUCAUGACCUGGGAGACACCGAUAACACUAACACUGGGAACGUGAAUCAAGAAAUUGCAUCGGUUGCCAAGCGUCAUAUCCUGGUUGUUCGCUACGGUGAGACAGAUUAUCAGCUCUUCGCCAGCGAUCCGGAUGAUGACCCGAGUAACUACUUCUUCAAAGACACGUCAGCUUUAGAUCUCCCACUUGGAGAGUUCUUGUCGGGCAUACGCAGUGUAAUCUCGGAAGAGGUUUCGCCACUGGACGAGCUUGUCCUGCAUAUCGAUGGUCUUGGCCUCGAGUUUGGAGAGAGUAUGACGAACCAGAUACUCGAAGAGUACACAUUUGGACAUAUUCUAUCAUUGUAUGAUUCGCUCGUCCAGAAUGAUGCCAACAAGGAGGUUAUAGAUGCCCCUGAACUGUACAUGUACCUCAUGGUGAGACCGAAUUGCUUGCAGCGCCUUUUGGCACUACAAGUCCAGGCAGCAUCAGGUAGAUGUUUGACCGACGUCGCGGUGUAUCGUGAGGCCUCCCCAGCACAAGAUGAUGCUGAUGACGGCCACGUCCUCGCUGUAUCUCCUGAUUUUAUCGAGGAUGAGUUGUAUGAUGAUGAAGAUGAAGAUGAACUUGAAGAACACGAAUCGCCGGACCACACAGAAAAUGCUCAGCAUGACGUUCAACCAUCGCAAAGCGAGGACACCGAGGCCGAGGCGUCACAACACGGCGAUGAGCAUGGGGACGAAACACAGGAAUUUGCAGAUGACGUUCAACCAUCGCAAAGCGAGGACACCGAGGCCGAGGCGUCACAACACGGCGAUGAGCAUGGGGACGAAACACAGGAAUUUGCAGAUGACGACGAUGAAGAUGCCGUUGAUUAUGGCGAUCUUGAUCUCACGCCGUCACAGCAGGGUAAUGCCCCUCUUUCCCUUAGCUCUCCCUUAUCUACGCAUUGUACAGGCGAAGUCACCUGUCUAUGCGAUCCUUGUUGGUACCAGCAAAUUGAGGACGACUUUGCUCCCCUCACUUCGAGCGACCCAGCGCUGAUCAACAAUGGCGGAGUGUUAUUCGCUCAGGCGCAUUUCAAGCAUGACUCGUCAGAUGCUAACAAUUUUUACUGCGAAGACUUCCCAAACGAUAUUACUAACGAAACCACAACUGAAGCGAACGCGCCCCUGGCCAAUGGCAAUGGUACUACCAACGACGCCGAUACUGUCCCCUCCGCGCAUGAUGAGCAGCAUGACGACCCUCCUUCUGAGAGUACCAGCGCUACCGCCACUUUGGACGGCAAUCCAGAUGAUGAAAUCGACUACGAUGAGAACGAUCAGAAUGCCAGUGUGGACAUAGCUGACGCCGAGUAUGCGACCCCUGCUCUUCCUGCUGCGAAGCUCCCAGCGCCACUGGACGAGGAGAUCACAUGGGAAUCCGAAAAUGAGGAAGCACGAAACGAACAACCCGCAACAUCUCAGCCGUCUGAACAAGUGUCCACGACGCCGGGAAAGAGAACGCGUUCUGGCUCAGACGCGGCUGCAUCCGCAGGUGAUCGGAAAGAUGUCAAGCGUCAACGAUCCUGA